GGAGACAGACGGUGAACAGUUGGAUCGGACAGAAUUUCCAAUCUGUCUCUGUUCUGUGACUCAGCAUCGCAUCAUUCUCCACACUAAACGAUGGUUGGAAGGCUAGAGCUUGCUCUCCCUUGUUUGCUCAAAUAACGUGAGGUUUCCUAAAGCUGUACGGUUGAAAUGUGAAAUUUUCUUUGGUUGUGUUUAAACUGAUGAGCUAUGAAGCAGGAUGAUGAUAAACUCCACAGAAGUUUUGUUUUUCACUCUAACUGCCUACUUUCACACUGAUGUUCUGAAUUAUUUAUAUUUUGCGGUUGUUUUGACUCUGUAUGUUCUGAUUGUUGGUUCCAAUGUCCUGCUGAUCGUGGUGAUCUGUGUGAACAGAAGCUUACAUGAACCCAUGUACCUGUUUCUUUGCAGCCUGUUAGUGAAUGAGCUGUACGGCAGCUCCAGCUUGUUUCCCUUCCUCCUGGUUCAGAUUCUCUCUGAUGUUCACACAGUUGCUGCUCCGCUCUGUUUCCUGCAGAUCUAUUGUGUCUAUACCUACGCUCACAUUGAGUUCUGUAAUCUGGCAAUUAUGUCCUAUGACAGAUACCUGGCCAUCUGUCGUCCUCUGGAGUAUCACUCACUCAUGACACCUUCUAAGAUCACCAAGCUGGUAGCUCUGACCUGGUUGUUUCCUCUAAUUGAAUCUGUUGGGGCGAUGUUUCUAACAGUCUCUCUCCAGCUUUGUGGAAACAUCAUUGACAAGGUGUACUGUGACAAUUACUCCAUCGUUAAGCUGGCCUGCUCUGAUACGACAGCAAAUAAUUUACUGGGAAUAGUUUAUGUAUUCACUGUAAUCCUGGGUAUAAUCCUUUUAAUUCUCUACACAUAUGCUAAGAUCCUGAAAGUAUGUUUUUCUGGAUCCAAACAGACUCGGCAGAAGGCCGUCACCACCUGCACGCCACACCUGGCUUCUCUGAUAAACUUCUCCUUUGGCUGUUUUUUUGACGUCAUUCAAAGCAGGUUUGAUAUGAGCCGAGUCCCCCUCGUGCUGCGAGUUCUUUUAUCUUUAUAUUUCCUCACUUGUCAGCCACUGUUUAACCCUCUGCUUUAUGGGCUGAACAUGUCAAAGAUACGGAGCCUCAGUAAACGUUUGAUUUUAGGGAAAAGUUGAGCUUCAUGAUGGGAUGGAACAUUUCAUCCAGU